AUGCUUUCGCCUGUCACAAUCUCUGAUCAAGUUAUUAAUCAGAGACAUGUCACAACUGUUCGCCAAAACCUCAGCAGUCUUUCAGUUGGUGACACCCGUAAACUAUCAACCCCGAUCAUUCAAAAAAUAUCUUCUAUAAUCUAUCUAUCUAUCUAUCUAUCUAUCUAUCUAUCUAUCUAUCUCGUAUAUUCAUUAUCUAUCAAUCUAUCUAUCUAUCGAUUUAAUUAUUUAACUAUUGAUCUAACUUUAAUCAUUAUCUAUCUAAAUUUAUUCAUUGUCUAUUUUAAGUUUACUAAAUAUCUAAGUUUAUUAUCUAUCUAUCUCUCAGUUUAUAUUAUAUUAUAUCUAUCUAUCUAUCUAUCUAUCUAUCUAUCUAUCUAUCUAUCUAUCUAUCUAUCUCCGACAUCUCUAUCUAUAAAAGGCAGGAUUUUCUUUCUCCGUCACCAUGUUUUUUUUUUUUUAUCUUUGGCCAUAAGGACAACAGAUGAUCGUGGAGAAGAAAUUCGGAAAUCAAAAAGAAUAAUAAUUCCGUUCCGGGAGCGUGUGUACAAAACGUGCAUCCAUCUUUCUUACGACGAAGAAUCAAUGGGUUUAAAGUUCAGAAUAGCCUCCGGGUCCGACGAGCGGCUGUUUCUGAUGACGACCCUGAACAGUGACACCCGCUCGACACCACGUGACCCGGUGGCCUUAUACUACGCAACCUUCAGUCACACUUUUCAACUCUCGACUCAAAGCUUUGAUUUUUUUUUUAAUUCGAUGUUUGUCUUUAAACAAUUUUACUUUUUCUUUCUAUUGUUUAGAUUUUGUAAACUUGCAUUUUUGACUUUUCAUUUUUUCUUUCUUUCUUCUUUUAUUUCUCUCUUUCUUUUUAAUUCCUUUCUCUUUCUGUCUUUUUUUUUUUUUCAUAUUCCUUUUUCAUUCUGUGUCAUUUUGUUUCGAUAUUUCUUUUUCUGGUUUUUCUUUUUCUUUCUUUUUCCGUACUUUUUAUUUCUACAUUUGUCUUAUCUUUUUAUUCUUUCUUUUUUCUUCCUUUUUCUAUCUUUCAUAUUAUGA